AUGAUUCCUCAGAGAGAUAAAUCGACCAAUGGUAAUCUCGAAUUUUCCAUCAUACCAAGAGAUGAAAACUCCUCACAAAGUGAUGAACAGUUCGUGUCAAUAUCCAUUGAAUCUUUGGCAGAGUUAAUGCAAAACAUUCAAAAUUCCGCCAACAUUAGCGAAGAUUUGAACAAAAUCUACGAUUUUUUUCGACGUAUCAGAAUCAAUUUUCGAAUUUUUGAUGCAUUUUUUAACCUUGUUCAGCUAUUAUCGAAAGAAUUUAAUACAAAUUUUGACGACAAGAUGAAAAUGGCCUCAAUUAUCAACCAAGUUAUAAUGGAUGAUGGCAUUCUUUCAUAUCUAAUACAUGAUCAUAAGAUUUAUGAAUGGCUUUGGCAACAAUUUGAUGAACCAUCGAUCAAAGUCAUUACAAUUCUAUUAAAAGCAGAAUACGAUACGAGCCCACCAUCAAAAACAGUAUUUUCUUAUAUUUCUUCUCAAGAUGCAGAUAAUAAAAUUUCAAAUGAGUUAAAACUCUUUUCUCAACAACAAGAACUCCAUAUUAAACCUUACCAAAUUACAGAUCUACUUAAAUUGAUCGCAUAUUAUGAAGAAUCGAUGAAUAUUUAUAAAAAUACAAUUGAACAGCUAAUUUCAAUUGCAAUAAACUCGAACGAUGAGCGUGUACUAUGGGAUAUAUUAAAUCCUCUAUCAUGGUUUGCAGAUUGUUCAAAUAAUUCAGGAUCAAUUAUUUAUACGAACGGACCAUUGAUUGAAAAGAUAUUAUCAAUACCAUAUGACCAUAUUCUAUAUAUAGAUGCGAUUAAUGUUAUUAUUUAUUCAAUACGAUACGUAGACUAUCAAAAUUUCCCCUUACAAAUUACAAAAAGAUUAUUAGAAUACAGUUUUCCUUUCUUGUUAGAACCGAAAGAAAAUAUCAAGAAGAUAUUACAAUUAGUUUAUAAUAUGCUACCAUUUUUACUUGAAGAUGGUAUAAAUGUAGCAGAAUUCUUAAUAGAUAAUGAUAUAACAAGCCAUCUGAUUAGUUACAUAAAUGAGAAUUAUUCAUUUGACACAAAGCGCAUUGCAAUUAAAUUGUUGAUAAAUAUAGGUGCUAGUGCUAGAUACGAGAGAAACGAAGCUUAUGUAGAUAGCAUGCUGUUAGAGUUCAUUGAAGAUAAUGUCAGCUUGAUUAUAAGUGAAUCUGCUGGUAUUUUCUUUACAUUUUUGCAAGUUAUUCACCAACAAGCAAUAGCAAACAAUAAAGAAGAAUGGAUUGAAUUCAUUCUAAAUAACGAUGAAAUCAUGAAUGCUAUUGAAGAAUAUGAUGAUAUCAACGAUUUUAAUCCAGAAACAAACGGAAUUGCAGCACAUAGUUUGAAUCUUAUACUCGGCGAUUAUAUAGAGUAA